GGGCUAGCCGCCCGACGAGGGGAGAAUCACGCAUCCUCUUCGGAAAUCCCCAAAGACCGAGACGGCGGAAAAGGGUUUAUUGGCCCCGGACUAAACGUUCUCCGGGACGAAUUCAAAAAGCGCUCAGCACGGGGCCCUGCGGCCGGCUCCCCGCAGGAGAGGGAAAUGGAGGAGGCGGCGGCGCCGGGCCAGACGCAGCCCCUGAACGCCCAGCAGAUAGCCAACUCCGAAGGCGGCUACGUGUGGCAGGUGACGGACAUGACCCGGCUGCACCGCUUCCUGUGCUUCGGCUCGGAGGGCGGCACGUACUACAUCAAGGAGCAGAAGCUGGGCCUGGAGAACGCCGAGGCCCUCACCCGCCUGAUCGAGGACGGGCGCGGAGGCCAGGUCAUCCGGGAGAUCGAGGCCUUCAGCCAGGAGGGCCGGGCGGCCAAGCAGGAGCCGCUGCUGUUCGCCCUGGCGCUCUGCUCCCAGUGCCCCGACGUGCCCACCAAGCAGGCGGCCUUCCGGGCCGUCCCGGCGGUCUGCCGCAUCCCCACCCACCUGUUCGCCUUCGUCCAGUUCAAGAAGGACCUGAGGGCCGGCAUGAAGUGCGGCAUGUGGGGCCGGGCCCUGCGGAAGGCCGUGGCCGACUGGUAUCGCGCCAAGAGCGGGCCGGCCCUGGCCCUGGCCGUCACCAAGUACAAGCAGCGCCACGGCUGGUCCCACCGAGACCUCCUGAGGCUCUCCCACCUCAAGCCCGCUAGCGAAGGCCUCGCUUUGUUGACGAAGUACAUUACGAAGGGCUGGAAGGAGGUUCAGGAGAUGUAUAAAGACAAAGCCCUUUCAGCGGAGACCGAAAAACUCUUCCAAUAUCUGGAGGCUGUGGAGAGGGUGAAGCACACCAAGGAUGAACUGGAAGUCAUUCAUCUGAUAGAAGAGCAUAGAUUAGUGAGGGAACAUCUUUUGACUAACCACCUGAAAUCUAAAGAGGUAUGGAAGGCUUUGCUUCAGGAGAUGCCCCUUACUGCCUUACUGAGGAAUCUAGGGAAGAUGACUGCUAAUUCAGUCCUCCAGCCGGGAAACUCCGAAGUCUCGUUAGUCUGUGAGAGGUUGUGCGAUGAAAAACUGUUGAAGAAGGCUCGGAUCCAUCCAUUCCAUGUCUUGGUGGCUUUAGAAACGUACAAAACGGGGCACGGGAUCCGAGGAAAGCUGAAGUGGCAACCGGAUAAGGAUAUUUUAGAAGCUCUUGAUGCUGCGUUUUAUAAGACUUUUCAGACUGUUGAGCCGACUGGAAAACGAUUCCUGCUUGCCAUUGAUGUUAGCGCUUCCAUGAACCAAAGGGUUUUGGGGAGUGUACUGAAUGCCAGUACAGUUGCAGCAGCUAUGUGCAUGGUCGUCACCCGGACAGAGGAAGAUUCCCACGUGGUGGCUUUUUCAGACGAGAUGGUUCCGUGCCCGGUGACGGCUGACAUGACACUGCAUCAAGUGUUGACCGCUAUGGAGGAAAUUCCGAUGGGGGACACCGAUUGUUCUCUGCCAAUGGUUUGGGCCCAGAAGACCAACACGGCCGCCGAUGUCUUUAUUGUGUUCACCGAUAACGAGACCUUUGCUGGGAAUAUUCAUCCAGCUUCCGCUCUGAGGGACUACAGAAAGAAAAUGGAUAUCCCCGCUAAACUGAUUGUUUGCGGGAUGACGUCGAAUGGCUUCACCAUCGCGGACCCCGAUGACAGAGGCAUGUUGGAUAUGUGCGGCUUCGAUACGGGAGCCCUGGAUGUCAUUCGAAACUUCACCUUAGACGUGAUCUAACCCUCCCGCGCUGACAUUUCCCGACGAACCCCCGGCCAGCGGUGCACUUGGCUAGAAAGGCCUCCUUCUUAGCUGAGCGGAACAGAAAUGAGACAGCAUAUUAUGCACGUGUCUGAAAAUUGCCCCUUUUUUGAAAGGGAAAAUAAGGUGAAACAGAAGAACUUUUUGCCGUGCUCGGCGUAUAGCUAAGAACGGCUAUAUAGGAUGAGGGCUGAACUAGCUAGGGGGGAAACGGAUCACACGAAACAGGGCAAACUGCUUUACGUGAGAGAAAACGUGCUCAUUUGAUAACAUUUCAUCAAACGUUUUUGGAGAACGAUGUUUGUGGUUGACUCUCCGCCACGGGGCAAAGGCGUUCGAAUGUUUCGCAUCCCGUCAGUUUCGUGACAGACUUGCCAAGAGGCGUUUGAGGGAAAACAUUUGGACAUCUUGGCAUUUGAAGAGGACCCUUCCAUUCUUCAGUUUCUAGAGUGCACGUUCUAGACCGUGCAACUGUGAUGGAGUGUAAAAAUGAUCUAAAGGAGAAACACCGAGGAAGAGCGUAUAGUGGGGAGGGUUUCUCCGCCCCGAAAUAAUGCCCAUUUAUGGUCUUCUGAGAUUAGAAAUUUAACAUUUUGGAGUACCGAAAGAAAGGGCAUUUAUCCAGUCCGGUGUUCCUAACUAGAAUCAACUGCAAAUUUCUGAAGCAGAAAAACAGGUGUGUUUGUUCUUUUGUCCGGGGGGAGAUGACUUCGAGGCCUAUUUCUCUAAGUAUAGCACUACCAGCAACGCUGACACGCAUAUAGUACUCCUGAAGGUAGUCGGUGGCAUCUUGGCUUCAAAAAUAAUCCAGUUUUUCUCUUUGAAAAUGAUCGAAAGCACUUGCAAGUGAUAGGUAUCUGGCAAAGCCAUUAGCCCAAAUAGGUCGGUACCUUCACCUGAACUGGUUUCCGGUGGCGGCGAAACGUUUUGCUCUGGGCUAAUUAAAUGUUUAAAAAGUUUCUAAUGCCGUAGCUUAUUGUAUCGUACGUCAGCCUUCUGUCCUCUGGUCCACCACGUCCCGGGAUCCCACGAGCUGCGUCAGAAGACGCUUGGAUCCGAUAACGGAACGAGAUCAUAAAGGAAUCUAGGUUCGCAAGAAAACAGCUUUUCUACAGGAGCUGUAACAGCCUAUAUUGUACAUAUGUUGUUUAAGAACUGUAAUAUCACUGACCCGGGGAAAAAACAAAUCUUUAGGGAACUGAGUCCUUUUUCAUGUAGGAAUGUUAAAUUUUCUGCCGAGUCCACUUAAGGGGAUUAUUUUACAAGCGCAAGUGUGAUCCUUCGUUCAGAGGAAGCUUGAUUCUUGGUCGUAAGAGAAGUUCCUGCCUGAAUGCCUAAGACAUUCUGGCUACUUGUUUGUCGAUUAUAUCUGAGAGCAGCUUACAUUUAAAUUGCCUUUUAUAAGCAUCGUUCUGUGUACUUUUGAGUUUUAAUUAAGGAUGGGGGCCCAACCCUAUUUUACACUGUGUGAAAAGCAAAAUAAGUAAAUACUACUGAUUACUUUUGGGCGA